CAUAGAGGUCUUUGCCAGGGAGCGAGGAGGGAGGGGAUAUUUUAAUGGCCGUCAGUAGCAGCACAGACUGCAAAAAGUAGCGGAUUAUCCACUAUUUUUAGACUCUGCUAGCGACGGGUGCGUUUGGGCCGCCUUUCUUCGGCGACGAGCGUCGCUCCGUGGACUCCCUCGGCUCGGAGAUGUGUUUGUAGCGCUGUUCCUGCGGCGCUGAGCACACUUUUAACCCGCUUGAUUUGUGCGCGGAGUGAGGCGUCAGGCCUCAGCCGGCUGGCUAACAAACAAGCGGCCGUUGGGCUAGUAGUAGAGUCGCCCGGAGUUGAAAGGGAAUAUGUAACAUAAAGCAGCCGACAUGACAUCCAGAUUCGGUAAGACGUAUAACCGCAAGGGAGGGGAGGCCAAUUCAAAAUUUGAAGAGGUCUUCUCCAAUAAAAAGCCCACACUGACCACCAAAUGGGGGGAGACCACCUACAAGGCUCAACUGGGGGCCAAAAGGCCCAUGUUAAAAGAAGUGUCCGAGCUUCCCAAGAGGCCCAGGCUCGAGGACAGCGACAGUGAAGAAGACCCGUUUGGGUUCGACAGCGACGACGAGUCCAAGACUGUAACCACUCAGAGCGUGUCCCAGUCCAAAGUCAAUGAUGGUGACGUGACGAAGGCGACCGCAGUGCAGGGCGGUGGGACAGCCCCUGUUGUGACUUCUUCACAGGGCUCUGCGAGCUCAACAGCCAGGUUCACAAGUAUGCAAACAUCUGAAGUGAGGGUUGUUAAAAAUAACCAGUCCUGGUUCAAAAGUGCAUCAGAUAGCAACCAAAAACCUGCAUGUAUGGCCUCUUUGUCAGACACAGUCACCUCCGAUAAUCAAAACUCCCAGAGGUCCAUCUCGUCCUCUCCUAAUAUAGACGCCACCCUCAAGCUGUCCACUGAUGCACCAGGUGGUAGCAGAGACUUCCAAACCUCCUCCUCUUAUGAUGGACUGCCAUCGGAGGAGAUAAGAAACGAAGAGCAGGAACCUCCACCAGAACAGGUGGACAACAUCCCCCCAUCCCCGUUUACACUAAGGGCCUCAAACUGCAAGAAAUACCAACGGCCCGGCAAACCUAACAAAAUGUCCUCUGAACCUGCUGAAAACAACAGCAGCAAGCCAGCUGCGAGUGCCCAAGAUAAACCCAACAGUGUCCUUUCUGCUAGUGCAAGUAGUACUGGUGCCAGUACUAAAACAGCAGCCAAGCCUGCAGGCAGGGGCGGUGGGAGGGUACGGGACUACACGGUUCUACACCCUUCCUGUCUGUCAGUGUGCAACGUCACCAUCCAGGACUCGAUAGAGCGGAGCAUUGAUGAACUGGUCACCCCAGCUGCCCCCGCUGACCUUGGAGAAGCAGGCCAGAUGAAAAAGAAGUCAGACGCACCGCCACCCAAACCUACCAGGUUCAGACCCACCCAGACGAAGACCAAGAAGACCAAGACUGAGACCAAGCUAGAGUUUUUUGGCUUUGAGGAUAAAGAGGACCAGGAGGGCGAGGAGGGUCCAGAAAGUGGCAAGGCAGGCAAGAGUAGCUACAAGAUCAAGUACUUUGGCUUUGACGACCUGAGCGAGAGUGACAGCGACGACGAGAGCUCCCGGGCCAAAGAGAAGAAGGCCAAGAAGGCGGCGGCGGCCUUAGCUGCUCUGAGCUCCAGCGUGGACAGCCCUCACACCAGUGACUCUCAGGACAGCCAGGCCAGCAGCAACACAGAUGCUUUUGACUUCUCUGAUGACUGCAGCCCUGGCAGCACAGAUGGGCAGAAAGGACGCUCGGGGAAGCCAAGUGACAAAUCCAAGGACAUUGGCAGUGGACUCAAAAAGAUCUUCAGUGGACCCAAAAAAUCCCCUGCUAAAGCUGUGUACAAUGCUCGCCACUGGAACCAACCUGAGCCUGAAGAGAUUCCUGCUCCUCCACUAUCUCGAUCUCAAACUGCGCCGGCCAUUUUAUCGAGCAGCAGCAAGGACAGCAACUCCCAUAAAGAUGAUGGCUUGUUCAAAGCCCCGCCGCCGCCGCCCAAAGUCAUUAAGUCAGAGACCAUCCCCACACGACUCAACCAGGAUAUUGUUACGGCGCUCAAAUGCAGGAAGGAGCACAAAGAGCUGUACACGGUGGUGCAGCAUGUGAAGCACUUCAAUGACGUGGUGGAGUUUGGCGAGAAUCAAGAGUUCACGGAUGAUUUUGAGUACCUGGAGACGGGACUGAAGAGCAGUCAGCCACUCAACACAAGAUGCCUUAGUAUAAUCAGCCUGGCCACGCGGUGUGCCAUGCCCAGUUUCAGGAUGCACCUGCGGGCCCGAGGGAAAGUGGCGCAGGUCUUCAAGAUGCUCAGCGAUGCUCCACAACACCCGAAUCUCGCUCUGUGCACGGCCGCCCUCAUGUACAUUCUGAGUCGGGAUCGUCUUAACAUGGAUCUAGACAGGGCCUGCCUGGAGCUCAUGAUCAAACUGCUGGAGCUGGACCAGGACUACUCGGCCCACCAAGAUCAGCUCACCGCAAAGGAGGUGGAAAAGGUCAAGGAGAAAAUCAGGAAGCUGUGUGAGACCGUGCACAACAAGCACCUCGACUUGGAGAACAUCACGACGGGCCACCUUGCCAUGGAAACCUUGCUGUCUCUAACCUCCAAGAGAGCCGGGGAUUGGUUCAAAGAAGAACUGCGGCUACUGGGAGGUCUGGACCAUAUCGUAGACAAAGUUAAAGAGUGUGUGCAGAACCUGAGCCAAGAGGAGGACAAGGAGAACCUUGUAGCGUCUUUGUGGGGGGCUGAGAGGUGUCUGAGAGUGCUUGAAAGUGUGACAGUGCAGAACCCGGAAAACCAGGGUUACUUGAUCGCCUACAAAGACUCGCAACUUAUCGUCUCCUCUGCCAGAGCUUUGUGGCACUGUGAGGAUAUGAUCCAGCGCUACAGCAGGGCGUUGAACAACAGCUCUCUGUCAUUGUCGGGUGCCGCGCUGCCCCACUGCAGCUUCAGUAACGUGGGCAAGGCAGUGGAGGACUGCAUGAGGGCUAUCAUAGGAGUGCUGCUCAACCUCACCCAUGACAAUGAGUGGGGAAGUACUAAGACAGGCGAGCAGGAGCAGCUAAUAGUAACCGCUCUGAAUUGCGUCCUCCGUGUUCCACGUUACAUCCCCCAGGAGCAGCGCUUUGAUGUGCGAGUACUGGGUCUCGGCCUUCUAAUUAACCUUGUGGAGUACAGCUCCAGAAACCGCCACUGUCUGGUGGACAUGGAGUACAUUGUUGACGACACCUGUCUGGAAGACAGCCUGAUGCAGCCUGCGGACCCAACACAAUCUGACACAGCGGCAACGUCAGCACAGCACACACAAGGAGACGGGACUGACAAGCCCAAGUCCUCCGGUGCUUUGGCUGCCCUGGUGAAGCUCUUUUUGGAGAGGGAGCGUGCCGCCAUCCUGGCUGAGGCCAAGACGGACGACCUCAUCAGCGAGGCGCCCAAGCCGGCACUGGACCAAAGUGGAGAGUGGCAGGAGACGUCGGGAGAGAUCCAGUGGGUGGCAGCCGAACCCAACGACAGCCAAACGGAGACGAAAGAGAGCGAGAAGAAAGAGGAGGAGGAUGAAGAAUUGGACCUAAAUAAAGCUCUGCAGCAUGCAGGCAAGCAUAUGGAGGACAGCAUUGUUGCCUCCUACACUGCUCUGCUGCUUGGUUGUCUCUGCCAAGGCAGCCAGGUAAAUGUGACUACUGUUCGAGAGCAUCUACCUAAAGGGGAUUUCUCCAUCAUGACAGAAAUGCUGAAGAAGUUCUUGAGUUUCAUGAACCUCACUUGUGCAAUGGGCACCACAGGACAGAAGUCCAUCUCGCGGGUCAUCGACUACCUGGAGCACUGUUAACAGACAGCCAGACGGCGGACUCACACUCAGCACAUCAAAGGGAUCCCAGGCUGUUCUGGUGCCGCCCACCCGACAAGGAGCCGCAAAGGGGUCAUUGGAGACUCGGCAGCAUUCCCUAGACUUCGACCGAUCACGCCGUGAUCACUCUGAAUUUUCACCGAUAACGGCGUACACAAAUAUAUAAAAGUCUCACUCCCUUCCCGGAGCACAGCCUGAACCAAAGCCCUGCUUAGCUGACGGACACGCACGUUCCUUCACUUUCCACUCAACUUAACGCCACACUCAGAGUCAGAUCGAGAUCCAUCCUCAGGUAACUGGGAAUCAGGCAAGGGGGGGUGGGGGAGCUAGGCUAAAGUUUCAAUUCAGUUGAAUGUCAUGCAUGACGAUGGACUCGAGGCAGAUCUCAAGGUUGAUCUUAACAGGCCGGCUGAGGCGUGGAGUCCCUCGUCCGCUCUCCGGUCUCCAUUCCUGGCCGUUUUUUAGCUGGAUUGCGAACCUCUGAAUCAAAUUUUACGGAUCAUCACAUCUUAAUCCUCUACUCAUCCACAUCGAAGCCAAGGGUGAAAUCAUUGAUUAGCAUGAAUAAAACAACAAUCAUUUCCAUGGAUGUUAGAAAGACGUCUGUGUGUAAACUUGUGUGGAAUGCGUACAUCCAUUAGUUACAUGUUUGCAGUUGGCUUGAAUGUUUAAGGGAGUAUUUUUUAACUUUUGAUUUUCAUGUUCUCAUUGUGCUCGUUAAUUUUAGCAAUUUGUGUGCGUUAGGAAGUUGCGUAGACGUUCUCUUAUGUUUGUUUGUUUUUUCUCUCUCGGGGGCAUUUUUUUUAGAAAAUAAAAAAUCAAAAUUAUGAAUUACUUUGAAAAGAAAUCAGGAACGCGUGACAUGCCGACAUAGAUAGGAUGUCCUUUAUUUGACUGAUAGUGGCACUUGGAAAUCAUUCAUUUUGGAUUUCCUGAUUACCCAUUAUCAGUUUGGUCAUAUUUAAUUUGUUUAGCUAAUUUAAAGUUCAAUUUAUUCACCGUUAUAAAAAUGAAAGUAUGCAUUUAACCUCACAGGUAUAAAAGAUGUGAUGAAUUACUCAAAAAAUAGAUGGUUGUUUCUUUUUUGAAUUUGUAAUGAAGUUUUUUUUGUUUUUUAAAUGUAUUUAAUUUAAUGCUUUCUCCUCCUUUUUUUUUUUUGUAAAUGCAAAAUCUUUACCUAGCCAGAUGCCAUUUGUGUCUAAGAGUCUCACAUCAUGUCUCAUUAAAAUAUAUAUCCCAUGUGACGCGGCUCAGUGGCUGGACAGAGUACACGCAUGUGACAGAUUUUUAGCUUUUUGAAUUAUAAUUUCAGCUGAAAUUGGCGCCAUGUCUCUGUAUGUCCAGCCGCAUGUAGCUUCAUGUUUUUACUCAUCGUAUUCAUGGAUGUUUUUGCAUUGGACAUCGUGCAUUAAGCUCCCCGUUUUAUUUAUUCUCCUGUGGUGUCAUUUUUACCUGUAAUGAUUCACACGAACCUUUUGCCUCUGCCUUUUACUGCUCACAUGUACGAUCACUGAUUUGAAUGACAGCCAUACCUGUAUAAGCAGAUUAGUUUUAUCUGGUUUUGUAGGGCUGCAGUGAACAUGACUGCAACUGUGUUUACUGUUUAAUUACUUUGCAAACUUCUGGUCUGAAUGGAAUUUUAGAUUGUAAAUACGUCUGUACAUAGCGGUUAAUGGACAUUUAAAAAAAAAAAAAAAUGCUUAGACUACUUUUUUUCCCUGAAGCUGAUAUUUUUAUUUUAUACAAUAUUUCUGAGUUGUCAUUUGGAAAAACAAAAAUCGCAGGAAGAGGAAAAAAAAAACCCAACAACCUUGUUUGUACCUGUUUCAAGGACAAUGUCUUUGGUUACAUGUAAAUAGUUGUAUCUCAAAAAAUGAAGAAAAAAAAAGUUGCUACUUUCAGUACA